CAGACAGCAUCUCCUCCUUUCUUGUCCUAGUCUCUAGUUCUCCAUUGUUCACAGGUAAUCCCACCAACAGCCCCUGCUCAUGAUGGAGGCCAUCAAGAAAAAAAUGCAGAUGCUGAAGUUGGACAAGGAGAAUGCUCUGGACCGGGCAGAGCAGGCUGAAGCGGAGCAGAAGCAGGCCGAGGAAAGGAGUAAGCAGCUGGAGGAUGAAUUAGCAGCUAUGCAGAAGAAGCUGAAAGGGACAGAGGAUGAGCUGGACAAGUAUUCUGAAGCCUUAAAGGAUGCCCAGGAGAAGCUGGAGCUAGCAGAGAAGAAGGCAGCUGAUGCUGAGGCUGAGGUAGCCUCCUUGAACCGAAGGAUCCAACUGGUUGAAGAGGAGCUGGACCGUGCUCAGGAGCGCCUUGCUACUGCCCUGCAAAAGCUGGAGGAAGCAGAAAAAGCUGCUGAUGAGAGUGAGAGAGGUAUGAAGGUUAUUGAAAACCGGGCCCUAAAAGAUGAAGAAAAGAUGGAACUCCAGGAAAUCCAACUCAAAGAAGCUAAGCACAUUGCAGAAGAAGCAGAUAGGAAGUAUGAAGAGGUGGCUCGUAAGUUAGUGAUUAUUGAAGGAGACUUGGAACGCACAGAGGAACGAGCUGAGCUGGCAGAGUCUAAGUGUUCUGAGCUGGAGGAGGAGCUGAAGAAUGUCACCAACAACCUCAAGUCUCUUGAGGCUCAGGCGGAGAAGUACUCUCAAAAAGAAGACAAAUAUGAGGAAGAAAUAAAGAUUCUCACUGAUAAACUCAAGGAGGCAGAGACCCGCGCUGAGUUUGCCGAGAGAUCGGUAGCCAAACUGGAAAAGACAAUUGAUGAUUUGGAAGAUGAGCUCUAUGCCCAGAAACUGAAGUACAAGGCCAUUAGCGAGGAGCUGGACCACGCCCUCAAUGACAUGACUUCUAUAUGACUACCAUCGUUUCUGCUCUGUUCUGGAUCUGCCCCUUCCUGGGGAACCCAGCACCCACUCUCGCUCUGGAUUCUAUUGGUCAGCCUGGCUGGUCCCCAAGGCAUCAGGGUGCAGGGGACACAAAGCAACUUAUGUACUCUAUUCUACCCCCACCUCAAAUUAAAAUGCUAAGCUGCUGAAAGCCUCAUGCCACCCUGCAUUUGUGUCAUUGACAAAGCUGCUGCAAAACGUUGGGGGUGUGAUGUGGAGAACAGCUAUCAUAGGCUCCCCCUCCGUUGACUCAGUAGAAUCAAAGCCACUUUUGUAUCUAUUUUUUCCUGACAUUUAAGCCUGCCUUAUUGGAGUCUGUCAGAGUGGGAGGCUAAUAGAGGUUCCCUGGGUUAGGAAUUCUAGUGUUCUUGAGCUAAAUGAGACCAUCUGAAUCCUUCACUUCCAAGCUCUUAAAUCAUCUGCUUAGACUGUUUCCAUUCCCUCUUUAGGUUCUCCUCCUUUGACACAGUAAGGUUGAAAGACCAUCACAUAUGCUUUAUCCUUUUCUCAGUGGUUCAGAAUGCAUCCUCAGACACCCAGUGGAUCUGUGUACGUCACUACUAAAAUUGACUAAUUGUUUCAUCCCUACUCAGAAGAACACACAAUGGAUUGAAUUCUCAACAGCUUUGCAUUUUCUUUAAACCUUUCUUACAUAUUUGAGGCCUGCUAGCAUGUGCUAGUGGGAUAUAAGACAAUGGUAAAUUAUUAUUGGAAAGACUAACACAAACAAUUAUUCAUAUUUCAAAUAAUGUGCAUGUGAGGGUAAUGAUUUAUUAUAUACAUAAAUCUCAAAAAAUUGUUCCUGGUUCAUAUCAUAGAAAUUAAAUAUCAACAUUUCAGUUAACAAUUUACACAGCAGAGAUAAUUCAGUCUGAAUAGUGUAGCUACCAGUUGUACUAAUCAAGCAUUUAAGUAUUGUUCAUGUAAUCUUGAAGUUUCUUAACAGAAUAGAUAUUUGAAACUUGUUUUUAUUUUAAGUAGAUACGGCCAGGUGGAAAAGUUUUCUCUAGUUUUAAAACUUCAAGUUUCAUGUCAUAUUUAGUUUUCUUUCUGUCAAUACCAUUUCUUCUGCCACUAGAUUGAUUUAUCCAGCAGACACAUUGGUAUUUUCUAGAUGUAGGGUUAGGGUGAGGACACAAAGAUGGAGUCACCAUCCCCAGUCUCAGGUUGUUUGAACUCUAGUAAUAGAAAGAAAACACGCAUAAAGAUGAGUGCCAUAGAUAAUAAAGUCUGCGGGUGUUCAGAGGUGGGAAGAGAUUGAUUCCAGUGGGAAUGAUUUGGUUAGUAAAGACUCAUGAUAGAAGGCACACAGUUGAUACUGAAUAAACAUGUUCAAACUUACCUCUUGGGGCCUGAGGCUGUAGCUCAUUGGUAGAGUGCUUGCCAAUGUGUGAGCACUGGGUUUGCUUCUCAGCACCUCAUAUAAAUAGAUAGAUAGGUCACUGUCCACUGACAACUUAAAAAAAAAUGCCUCUUCAUUUUCACUGGGUUCCAAAAGAUUGGAUUUUUGCUGGGUAGGUGGCACAUGCCUAUAAUCCCAGCAGCUCAGGAGGCUGAGACAGGAGGAUCAUGAGUUCAAAGCCAGCCUCAAGCAGAAAGCAAGGCUCUAAGCACCUCAGUGAGACCUUGUCUCUAAGUAAAAUAUAGAAUAGGGCUGGGGAUGUGGCUCAGUGGUUGAGUGCCUCUGAGUUCAAUCCCUAAUACCUGCCCCCCCAAAAAAUAAAAAUGAUGACUUUCAAUUCUCAGUCAUUUGCAUACCAUUUUUAUGACAUUUGCCAUAUUUGCAUGUUGCCUACUUUAUUAUUCAAAUCUACUCUUGUUUUUAAGUUUGGUGCAUUCUUACUCUACACAAUUGUUUUGAAAUUAAAAGGUUUAAUGUGCUAAUGUCUUUUCCUAAUGCACAUUAAAAAGGGAAGGAAAAAAAAACCAUAGCUCCAGAGACUUGGGAGGCUGAGGCAGGAGGAUUGCAAAUUUGAGACCAGCCUUGGUAACUUCAACUUAGCAAUACCCUUUCUCAAAAUAAAAAAGGCUAAGAGCUGGAGAUAUAGCUCAGUUGGUAGAGUGCUUGCCUCGCAUGUACAAGGCCCUUGGGUUCAAUCCCCAGCACCACAAAAAAUAAUAAUUUAAAAAAUAAAAAGGUCUAAGGAUAUAGCUCAGUGGUAGAACACCUCUGGUUCAAUCCCUAGUACCACGGGGUGGGGGUGGGGAUGGGGAUAAAUGAAUAUAUAAAUAAUAUAUAAGUUUACAGGUACAUACUGUUUGAAUACAUACUAUUACAUACACAGUACUGGCAAUAAAUUUCCCAUACUUAGGUGAAUAUUUGGUUGGUUAAGUUAUUGUGGUUUACCAGGAGAGUAAUUGGGGUCUGAACUAGAGUGGCGAUAGGGUUAUGGCACUGAAGAUGGGUAUUUGGAAGAGCCUGACCCCUAAACGUAAGAAGGAAAAGUCAAGGUGCCUGUUUUUUGUGUGUGUGUGUUUGCUGGGGAUUGAACCCAGGGCCUUGUGCAUGAGAGGCAAGCAAGCACUCUACCAACUGAGCCAUAUCCCCAGCCCUAGGUGCCUGGUUUUAAAACUUGAAAAUGGUGAUGUUAGAGAUGUAAGGAGGUCUCGCCAUCCUGGUUUGGGGAGCCAGGAGAAAAAGGAGAGAAGAAUAUAUCAAAACAUUGGCAGGGCAGGUAAAAAGAUGCUGAAGCUCAAAGGGGAGAGCUUGAUGUGAGAGGUUUGGGGAUCCAAAAGGGCAUAGAUCGUUUAGGGCAUGGAAGCACAUUACAAGCAUAAAGGACAAUUGCAAUGUAAAUAGAGUUAAAGAGGAAAAUCAUGUGUUGAAGAGAAUGCCAAAUGGAACUAGUUUUAGUUUUGGUCCUUGAAGAAGUUUAGCAUGGGAUUCAACUUAGCAAUACUCUUUCUCAAAAUAAAAGGGAUUCUUAAUGUCAGCAGAUAGGUUGAGAAAUAAAGGUAAUUGAAGAAAGGUCAUUCAUUGAUACUCUAAUAAUUCAAGGGUACAUUUGAGCAUUUAGGUCCCAGGGGGAGAAACCAGAUUCAAGGGGCAGAAGCAUACUGAUGGAAAGAAGGUGUAUAGGCAGUAUGGAUAGCUUAUAGCAGUAUUGCCCGUUUGGCAGUGAUGGUUGGUAUAGUGGUAGUCAUUAGCCGUAUGUGGUUGAAAAGCACUCAAAAUGUGGCUAGGCUAGAAUAUGAGAUAGCUAAAAUUCUCAUUUAUUUUUAGUUCAUUUCAAUUUAAUUAGCCACAUGUGUCUAGUGGUUACUCUAUUGGACCAGUGCAGUUCUAGACAUUUAGUAUUUUUGAGCAGAACUUGGCUUUGGUGCAGAAAAAUAUUUCUUAGAAAGGAAAGAAGAGAAUAGAGAUUGAGAGAAAAGGGAGGUAUUUCAGCUUUGGUAGCUCCUACUUUAUCCCACGGGCAGGACUAUUGUGAGCAAAGAUAGCCCUACAAGCUAGGGCAGUGGAAUAAAACACAAAAUACCAUGUAGUGCCCAGUGUUAAUGAAAAUUCCUCUUUUAAUGCUCUGUAUCCUUUAAGGAGCCAUCCUUUAUUACUUGAGCCUGGACUAGCUGUGAGGUUAAGGCUAAGCAUCGAACCAAAGCACUUGGCCCCUUAACUUCUUCCCCUCCAGGAACCACAGGCUAUUCCUGUAGUUUCGAUGAGGAACAAAGUGUGGCUGAACCCAGGUAUCUGAAGGGAGGAACUGACCUGCUAUGUUCCGCAGGCUUACCUUAGCCCACACCAGUUUCCUCCUUUCAUGGGAUAUUGUUCAAAUAUUGCCUGGCUCCAGAGGAUGAUUCUCUAAUAGGGCAUUGCUAAACUACCAGACCCAAUGGGUUCUCUGCUUUGCCUUGUUUUGUGUUGCUUUACUGUUUCCUGGGACCCAAGAACCUUAAUGAACUAGUAUCCAAUCCUGAAUUUCCAGUUAUUAGGGCAGAGUUCAAAGCUAAGUUCAAGGUGAGAUGACAACUGACAUUUGUCUUUCUGACCUUAGUUUUUAGGGAACUCUGCAUUCUGGAUUUAUUUAGUAAAGCAAUAAAAUACUCACACCCCACCCCUGUGUCUCUUUAUUUCUUCCCUAAAUGGAACAAAACCCUCAUUAACCAAGCUGUUUUGAGGGAUAAGAUCUUAAUAAUACCCUUCUUUCCUGAGACAGGAGUGGGAAUCCCACAAACUAAUGUGGAUAUAAAUGAGAUCUAUGUAUAAUAUGACAUCACAGUUUGAGAAAUGAGAGUUUACAAGUUUAUCAAGGAUGCAAUAGCAAUUAGACUAGUGCAGCCCCAGAAGUCUUAGAGUUUAUAGACUAGUACUGAGCUUCUCAAUGGUAAGCUUUGUCAUUUAGGGUAGGACAAUUCUUGAACAUAAAAAUGACCCUGCAUAUUUCUGUCCCCUGGCUAGUAAUUACCUUAGAGCCUUCCGGUCAUUGAGACAGUAAAAACCUAUCAGUAUAUAUUUCCAUAUUCUCUGGGAGAGAUGAGGGGCAAUAAGAACCACUGGUUCUUAGCCAGUGGCAGUCAUCUGUAGUCCCCAGCUACUCAGGAAGGUGAGACAGGAGAAUCACUAGAAUCCAGUAGUUUGGGGCUAACCUGGGCAACAUAACAAAACCCUGUCUUUUCUGUUAGAACAGAAACAGAAAAAAAAACACACACUGGUUUAAUGGGUGAAAUUUUAAAAGUCCUAGGGUCCAGGAGUGACGGUACAUGCCUGUAAUCCCAGCCACUCAGGAAGCUGAGAUGGGAGGCUGAGACAGGAGGAUUGCAAGUUUGAGGUCAGCCUCAGUGACUUAAUAAGGUCCUAAGAAGCUCAGUGAGACCCUGUCUCAAAAUAAAAAGAGCUGAGGAUGUGGCUCAGUGGUUAAGUGCCCCUGGGUUCAAUCCCUUGUACCAAAAAUGUGAAAAAUAAAAAAGCUCCAGGGAAGGGAGGUGUAGCUCAGAAGCAGGAUGCUUGUCUAGCAUGCUUGAGGCCCUUGGUUCAGUACUCAGCAUUACAAUAAAGGAAGUCUACCCUGAUUUCUGCCUCCCCACAACUCUUCCUAUUGGGGAUUCUACCCAGUCCUUACGCCUGAUAGGCAAAUGCUCUGCCAUUGAGGUUUUGUUUUUUGAGACAGUCUCCCUAAGUUAUGAGGCUGGCCUUAAACUUGCUCUCUCUCUGCCUCAGCCUCCUAAGACUGAGAUUAUAAGCAUGGGCCACUGUUCCCAGCCCUAAUUUUGCUCUUAAAUGUAGUGUCAUUCCUUCUCAGGCUCUUUUUUUAUAUAUAUGCAUGCUUUCUGUGUUGAUAGUGUGCUGUUGUGAUGGGCAAAAGGUGCAACUUAUGCAGUCCAGAGGGAGAAAUAAAGAAUGUCCAUGUGCUUCUGCCCUAGUCAAUGCUUUAUUCACUUAAAUCAUUCAAUACAGUUUCACUCUAUAGGUUCUUAUUCAAGAAAACGUCAAUCCUUAAUGCUAGGCACUGCAGUAGACAUA